GCGUCAGCUUCAGCCAGCAACGCCAGUUCGUCGGCACUCGGCUCGUCGGCCGGCACGUCAGCUAGUAUGGAGCUCAUCCCGUGCGAAGAAAGCCCAUCAUCGGCGGCCAGCGUCAACCGAAGCCGGGCGACGCCGGCGGCGUUCCUCGGCGCCGGCACUGACUCGGGCCGCUCGUCAACCGACUCGCAGCGGCACUCGGGCGCGUCCGUGGCGCCCGAGGGUGCCACACGCACCGCGUGCGUGUCCGCCAGGCUCGGCUCGGCCACCUCCUGCCGCCAGGCUACGGCAGUCGACGUCACCGAUGACGGCCGGACGCUGUCGGGUCACAGGUCGGCGGAUGAAAGCCAGGGUCUAGUCGACCCCACGUUGACCCAAAAGCUCCUGUGGCGGAAAGUCCUCAAAUUGACGGCGAUAUCGGCCACGGCAUUGAUCGUCACUGCAGGCAUGAUCUUACUAGCGGGGGCCGAAGAUAAGCGCGCCCUACCUCUGGGACCGGCACCACACGGCCCUGCCUCAGCAGUACCGAACGACGACGUGGUGAACGCUGUGGCGUUCAGUCCGGCUGACCCCGGCGUUCUGGUCACCGUCUCCGACGACUGCUACCGUCAAGACCUGAGGUGUGCGCUGCACCACGGCCGGGCCGUGUGUCGCGCCGCUUCCCUGCUGUGA